GGAGACAAAAUGGCGUCCGGACCGUGCCGGAGCUGAGGCCGUUCCGCGCCUUUCUGAGCCGGGCCGCGGGUGGAGGAGGACGAGGAGGCGGCGGUGGCCUCGCAGGGCUCAUGUAAUCAGAGGAGUUCCUCCGUCGUGUGUGUCUUCUCAGAACGCAACUGGAAUUCAAAAUGAAUCAGAACACAACUGAGCCUCCUGCUGUAGUGGAGACCUUAGCUGAUGUACCUGAGCACGUGCUUCGGGGGCUUCCUGAGGAUGUCAGGCUCUUCCCAUCUGCUGUUGAUAAGACAAGGCUUGGUGUUUGGGCAACAAAGUCAAUUUUAAAAGGGAAGAAAUUCGGGCCUUUUGUUGGCGACAAGAAAAAAAGAUCUCAAGUUAAGAGCAAUGUAUACAUGUGGGAGGUGUAUUACCCAAACCUGGGGUGGAUGUGUGUUGAUGCAACUGAUCCAAAGAAAGGGAACUGGCUGCGGUAUAUAAACUGGGCACGUUCAGGAAAGGAGCAAAACCUGUUUCCUCUGGAGAUCAACAGGACCAUAUACUACAAAAGUUUAAAGCCAAUCGCGCCCGGCGAGGAGCUGUUGGUGUGGUACAAUGGGGAGGACGACCCGGAGAUAGCCGCCGCUAUUGAGGAAGAGCGAGCCAGCGCCCGGAGCCGGCGGCACUCCCCGAAAGCCAAGAAAGACCAAGUGGAGGAUCCAGCUGGCCGUAGCAGCCAUGUAGGACCCUUCAGGAACCUGAUGGCUUUUACAGUAACCUGUCACCAUGCUGAAAAUUGAGGCUGCUGUAGAAUCAGACUGUAGAGAUGCCAGUGACUUCAUCCACCAUACCAUCCCCAGCUGCACCAUCUUGUGAAGCUCUCUGUAGCUGUGGCCAGGCUUGGCAAAGGUGAGAGGUGCAUCCAGGCCUUUGUUGGUUGAGUCAAGAUACAGAUGUUAGUCUUGAAAUAAGUGCUCUGCAAAAAAACAAUAGCUCUUAGGGAGUUUGAAUAGCUAAAUAUGUGUUUUGUUACGUGGCUCUUAACAUUGUGAUGCAAUGCUGAUUCCCUAGGAAUAUACUGAAAUUUAAUACUUAGACCCUUUACUUAGAAGUAGAAUGUUUGUUGUGUCUGUUACUGUACAGGUCAUGAACGGUUUGGGACAGCAUGGUAGAUACUUCUGGAAAACUAUUUGAAUUUCUUGCUGAGAUCUUGGUGCUGCAUGUUGGAGUCACAAAUAGCUGAGGUGUCCUUAGCAUUGAAUUGUGGUCAGAUCGGACCAAAUCAGAUACAGUUGGGCUUAAACUGCUCGUGCCUGUGUGGACUGCUGACAGCUUGAAACUGUUUGGUGUUGGAGCCUUGCACUGCAUUCUCAAGUAAAUCAGAGCUCGCUCAUUUUGGAAAGGUUUAAUGUGAGCUGAUAGAAUAUUUGAGGAUAUUAUGGGAUAAUUGCUAGAACUGCUUAGGAAGAGUGCAUGCAUAUUUUUCCAAAGAUGACAAAAGUGUGUUCUGAACGACUGUACUAUCAGUUUCUCAGACUGAAAACUCUUAAAUUGGUAAAAGGGAGAGGAAAAAAAAGGAUAAUUACACACAUGAAGCUGAAAAGCCCUGUGGAAUUUGGGGAGCGCCUGUGAAACUUGAGCUCCUUGGGAGGAAAUGAAGAUAAUUAUUUGGACGAUGUAGAAUGUUCAAAUAAAAACAAGUAUUUCCUUUUAAAGCUGACCUGUCUCAGUUCUAUGGGAGGGGGGUGCAUACUUUGAAAAUUUGGGUUGGAAUAGAGAGGAACUUUUUUUAAAAGGCAUUUCAGACUUCUGGCCUACAGUGUGAAAAAUAUUUCAUGAAGAAGAGGAGGAACUUGUCGACAGGAUUAUGAGCUGGAAAAAUGUGCUUCUAAAUAAGAGACGAAUUUAUGGCUAUAAUUCACACUUCUGACUUGAGAAGAAGGGUCACUGUGUUAGCGUGGUAUUCUGUGCAUUAGAGGGAGCAACAGAGGAAUGUGGAUUGCUGCUUCUUGUUCCUAACAGG